CGCGGGCCGGCGCGCGGGGCCGCAGCACCUGCGGGGGCCGGCGCUGGGCGCGGCGCCCGGCGGGCGGACUUCGACGCCGGGAGUCUAGGGCUAGGAGGCAGGCCUGGGACGUGGGGGUGGCCGCGAAACCCGAGGGGGCGCCAACGCGCAGCCCCCUCCCCAGGGGUACGGGGCGGAAGGAGCCGGGCGGGGGACGGUGUGAGCGCGCGCCGAGGGCAGCACCAUCUGGAGGGGUGGGACCGCGCGGCCUCUUGGGGGCAGGCGAGUGCGCUGGGCAGUGAGGGCGGGGGGCGUCGGGCGGGGAGCGCAGGAAGAACGCGGUGGGCUCAGCCCGGCGCUGUCGGAGCAGCAGCCACAGCGGGUCGGGGUUCUCAGCUGGGGCCCGCAGCUGCUCCGCGGGCUGAAGCUCGGCGUGGAGGAGCAGGGGGGCGUGGGUCCGGCCGUGCAGGAGGAGGGCGGGGUGGGCCCGGGGGUGCAGGAACGGGGCGGCCGUGGCCGGGAGCCCAGCCUGGGGGUGGUGUGGGGUCUGUCAGACGGCGCGGACUGGAGGCGCCCGCCGCGGUGGACGGGCUCGGCGGGCUGGCCUGUGGUGCAGGAGGAGGGGCUGGGGCCCCGCAAGCAGCACCAGGAAAAGGGGGGAGGCAGCCCCGCAGUGCAGGAGCGUGGGGAGGCCCGCGCCGGGGUGCAGGAGCAGGGGGAGGGGAGCCCACGCAGGCUGCUGCAGCAGCAGGAGCCGCUCUCCGAGUUCGGGGACCGCUCCUGGGAGCGCGGGGAGGGGCUCGAAAGUUCCGGGGAGCAGGGGGGGCGUUACUGGGAGAGCUGCGGGCACCUCAGGCGGGAGGCGGUGGUCUUGGGAGCGGCCCCAGCACGCCGUGAGAGACUCGAGCUAGUGGGGAGGGCCCGGCCUGUGGGGCCCCAGGGGCCUGAGGGGGAGGGGCGCCUGGGGGUGCAGGAAGCAAAUUGGCUUCCUGGGGUGCAGGAAGGACAGGUGGUGCGGGCUGUCCAGGAGACAUACCUGGACGAGAAGGGGUCGCGGGAGGGAGAGGGGCCCCCUGAGGGGCCCAGGAUCCGGAGGCGCCGGCGGAGGAGGAGGUGGUAACCUGCAGGCCGGCUGCCCCGCACGGGGAUCGCUCCGGGGUCGAGGGGAGCGCAAGAUGUAGGGGUUUGGGGAUCGGAGCGUCGGAGCGUUGGAACCCACUGCGCGAGAGCAGGCAGUGUGUCCUACUGGAUCUUCUGCCACCUCAGCCUGGACCUCAUCGAAACUGUGUCUGCGGGGAGGCAGCAGAAGGCAGCAGGGUCCAUCUUAUGGGUUUGAAGUCCCUUUCAGCAAACUCUCUUGGCCAGGUACCUUGUUGGCUUCUGCCUUCAAGUUGACAGAUGAAAACAGAUGGUGACUUUACAAGAGGCUGGGGAGCAGCAGCAUGCAGCCGGAGGAGGGCGCGGGCUGGCUGCUGGAGCUGCUGUCCGAGGUGCAGCUGCAGCAGUACUUCCUGCGGCUCCGUGAUGACCUCAACAUCACCCGCCUGUCCCACUUCGAGUAUGUCAAGAAUGAGGACCUGGAGAAGAUCGGCAUGGGCCGGCCCGGCCAGCGGCGGCUGUGGGAGGCUGUGAAGAGAAGAAAGGCCAUGUGCAAACGCAAGUCUUGGAUGAGCAAGGUGUUCAGUGGAAAGCGACUGGAGGCUGAGUUCCCUCCUCAUCACUCUCAGAGCACCUUCCGGAAGACCUCACCCACACCAGGGGGCCCAGCAGGGGAGGGGCCCCUGCAGAGCCUCACCUGCCUCAUUGGGGAGAAGGACCUGCAUCUCUUCGAGAAGCUGGGAGAUGGCUCCUUUGGCGUGGUGCGCAGGGGCGAGUGGGAUGCCCCCUCAGGGAAGACGGUGAGUGUGGCUGUGAAGUGCCUGAAGCCUGACGUGCUGAGCCAGCCUGAAGCCAUGGACGACUUCAUCCGGGAGGUUAACGCCAUGCACUCGCUGGACCAUCGCAACCUCAUUCGCCUCUAUGGCGUGGUGCUCACGCCACCCAUGAAGAUGGUGACAGAGCUGGCGCCGCUCGGAUCGCUGUUGGACCGGCUACGCAAGCACCAGGGCCACUUCCUCCUGGGCACUCUGAGCCGCUAUGCUGUGCAGGUGGCCGAGGGCAUGGGCUACCUGGAGUCCAAGCGCUUCAUUCACCGAGACCUGGCUGCCCGGAACCUGCUGUUGGCUGCCCGUGACCUGGUCAAGAUUGGGGACUUUGGGCUGAUGCGUGCGCUGCCCCAGAAUGACGACCACUAUGUCAUGCAGGAGCAUCGCAAGGUGCCCUUUGCCUGGUGUGCUCCUGAGAGCCUGAAGACACGCACCUUCUCCCAUGCCAGUGAUACCUGGAUGUUUGGGGUCACACUGUGGGAGAUGUUCACCUAUGGCCAGGAGCCCUGGAUUGGUCUCAACGGCAGUCAGAUUCUGCAUAAGAUUGACAAAGAGGGGGAGCGUCUGCCACGGCCCGAGGACUGCCCCCAGGAUAUCUACAAUGUCAUGGUUCAGUGCUGGGCCCAUAAGCCAGAAGACAGACCCACCUUUGUGGCCCUGCGGGACUUCCUGCUGGAGGCCCAGCCCACAGACAUGCGGGCCCUCCAGGACUUUGAGGAACCAGACAAGCUACACAUCCAGAUGAACGAUGUCAUCACCGUCAUUGAGGGAAGGGCUGAGAAUUACUGGUGGCGUGGGCAGAACACACGGACGCUCUGUGUAGGCCCCUUCCCGCGCAAUGUGGUGACCUCCGUGGCUGGCCUGUCGGCCCAGGACAUCAGUCAACCCCUGCAGAAUAGCUUCAUCCACACGGGACAUGGCGACAGUGACCCCCGCCACUGCUGGGGCUUUCCCGACAAGAUCGACGAACUAUACCUGGGAAACCCCAUGGACCCUCCUGACCUGCUGAGUGUGGAACUGAGCACCUCCCGACCCACCCAACAUCUAGGAAGGGUGAAAAGGCAGCCUCCGCCUCGCCCACCUCAGCCUGCCAUCUUCGCUCAGAGUAAGUGGGGCUGCUCUCGGUGCCUUGGCCCCUGCCCCCGUCCCCUCUCUCCUCUCAUUCCUCCUCUCCUUCUGGAAGAGCCAACCUAUGACCCUGUGAGUGAGGACCAGGACCCCCUGUCCAGCGACUUCAAGAGGCUGGGCCUUCGGAAACCAGCCCUGACCCGUGGGCUGUGGCUCGCAAAGCCCUCGGCUCGGGUACCGGGCACCAAGGCAGCUCGAGGCAGCGGGGGUGAGGUCACGCUCAUUGACUUUGGCGAGGAGCCUGUCGUGCCUGCCCCGCGGCCCUGCGCACCCUCGCUGGCACAGCUGGCCAUGGACGCCUGCUCCUUGCUGGACAAGACCCCGCCACAGAGCCCUACACGGGCCCUGCCCCGGCCGCUGCACCCCACGCCCGUGGUGGACUGGGAUGCGCGCCCGCUGCCCCCACCUCCCGCCUAUGACGAUGUGGCCCAGGAUGAGGAUGACUUUGAGGUCUGCUCCAUCAACAGCACCCUUGUGGGUGCAGGGGUCUGUGCGGGGCCCAGCCAGGGGGAGACCAACUACGCCUUUGUGCCUGAGCAGGCACCUCUGCUCCCUCCCCUGGAGGACAAUCUGUUCCUCCUGCCCCAGGCGGGGGUCAAGCCGCCCAGCUCGGCCCAGACCGCACAGAUCUUCCAGGCGCUGCAGCAGGAGUGCAUGCGGCAGCUGCAGGUCCCGGCGGCCUCCCUGGGCCCUUCUCCUGGCCCGGCGCCAGUGGGUGAGGACAAGCCCCAGGUGCCCCCCCGCGUGCCCAUACCCCCGAGGCCCACUCGCCCACGGGGUGAGCUGUCUCCGGCCCCCUCGGGUGAGGAGGAGCUAGGGCGGUGGCCCGGACCUGCCUCCCCUCCCCGGGUGCCUCCCCGGGAACCCCUGUCCCCUCAAGGCUCGAGGACCCCUAGCCCCCUGGUACCACCUGGAAGUUCCCCGCUGCCAGCCCGGCUCUCCAGCUCACCGGGGAAGACCAUGCCCACCACCCAGAGCUUCGCCUCCGACCCCAAGUAUGCCACGCCCCAAGUGAUCCAGGCGCCUGGCCCACGGGCGGGCCCCUGCAUUCUCCCCAUCGUCCGCGACGGCAAGAAGGUCAGCAGCACCCACUACUACCUGCUGCCGGAGCGCCCACCCUACCUCGAGCGCUAUCAGCGCUUCCUACGGGAGGCCCAGAGCCCUGAAGAGCCCGCCCCUCUGCCCGUGCCCCUGCUGCUGCCCCCGCCCAGCACCCCAGCCCCUGCCGCCCCCACGGCCACUGUUCGACCAAUGCCCCAGGCCGCCCCAGACCCCAAGGCCAACUUCUCCACCAACAACAGUAACCCAGGGGCCCGGCCACCAGCCCUGAGGGCCACGGCUCGGCUGCCACAGAGGGGCUGCCCUGGGGACGGGCCAGAGUCUGUACGGCCGGCGGACAAGAUCCAGAUGCUGCAGGCCAUGGUGCAUGGGGUGACCACAGAGGAGUGCCAGGCGGCCCUACAGAGCCACAGCUGGAGCGUGCAGCGGGCGGCCCAGUAUCUGAAGGUGGAGCAGCUCUUUGGGUUGGGUCUGCGGCCGAGGAGCGAGUGCCACAAAGUGCUGGAGAUGUGCGACUGGAGCCUGGAGCAGGCCGGCUGCCGCCUUCUGGGCUCCUGUGGCCCUGCCCACCACAAGCGCUGAGAUGUCGGGAGAGCCAGAGGGUCUGCCCUGAAGGAAUCACUUGAGCCUGUCCAUCUGACAAGGGUGGGGAGAGACCCUGCCCGGGCCUGGAGGACCUGCUGCCACUCGCGGCUCCUAGCGGCAGGGCAAGGCCAAGUCUGCGGGAGACUGGGAGCCCCGCCUUGCCAUCCCUCCCUCACCCAGUGCUGUCCCUGCAACUUUGGAUCAGCCCUCGGUGCCCUCAGCCAAGGGGCGGGAAGAAGCCCUAUGAAGGCAGGCCUGGUGGCGGCCUCAGCAUGCCCUGCAGCCAGCCUGCCUCUGGCUCCAGCCCUGGGUGUGGGGCCUGUGGUCGGAGCGUGUCCCCAGGCUCUGCUGGCCGGGAAGCCAGGCUGCACCCGUGCAAGGAGGAUGUGUUGGCCACACAGAAAGGGGGACCAGCACCCAUAGGCCCUCCGCAGGGCAGGGCCCUUUCUCCAGGGAUCCCCUGGUGGGCUGUUGGGGUGUCGGAGAGAAUGUGACUUGUGGCCUCGCCACGGAUACGUUAUGGGACUUGGCUAGUCUUAGGAUCUUGUGCCUGGAAAUAGCCCUGAGUGGCUCAGGAAGCAGAGCAGGGGUGCCAGAUUGUUCUCUGGCAGGGACCAGGGCCCAAGGCCCCAGGGUUGGAAGGAGACCAAGGGGGCAGCUGCCCUGGAGGGACACCAGAGCUUCCUCUCUGACCCAGCUCCUCCCCUAUGCUGUUCCCUGUUUUCCUGCCAGCCUCUGCCGCCAGAGUUGCUGCCCCAGCUAUGGAUCCCUGCUUCUUCCAGAUAAAUAAAGCUAGUUUCUAUUUUAUGUUAACUUA